UGUUGUUAUUGUUUAAAGACUUUUAGGGAUAAAAAAGCAAGAAGUAUAGGACUGAAAACACACAAGAAAACACGCCAGAAAAAAUCUACUCGUACACCAAAAUGAGACCGAUGAGUACAUCAAAAAGUGCUAAGAAAAAUGCGAGAAAAAGAGAAAAGAAAAGAUUGGAAACCAUGUUAAAGGGAAAAGAAGAAACUAUUCCUCUAAAAGAUCCCAUGACCUUAUUGAAGGAACAACUUGCUGAUGCCAAGGCCAAUGGGGAUCAUAAGUUAGCUGCUAAAUUGAGGCAAGACCUUUGGGUGUUGCAAGAUGUCAAUUCAGGCCUUAAUCCAAGUCUCGAUGAUGAGGAAGUUACAGAAUCUCUUCAGCGUGUUACAAUUAAAGCAACAGAGACAUGUAACAAAUCAACUGAAGUUGAGAGCAGUGGUUCUUCUUUUGACAAAGAUCUUCGAAAAUUAAAAAAGAAACUAGAUCAAAUAGAAAAUUUAAAGAAAAAACAGAAAAGUGGAGAAAAGCUUGAAGAAUCUCAGAUUAUCAAAAUAAAUAGUGAGCAGACCAUACUAAAAGAAAUCAAAGACAUUGAAGAAAUUAUUCAGUCAGUGAAACUGAAAAGGUGACAAAAGAAGCUGGAUUUUGAAAUCAAAACAGUUACGCUGCUUAUAAUUUUUUAAAACUCAAUUGUGUAGCUAUAUAUGUGGUUAUAUAAAUGGUUAUAAAUAUAUUGUUGCAUAUUUACUGUGUGAAGAAUUUAUAUUUACCAAUAGGAACUUUUAAAGAAUAAGUAUCGGAUUAUUAGUAUUUUAUAUUUGUGUAACCUUUGGUAGUAAUAUUUUAUUUACAAAAGUAUUUUUUGAAUUAACAUAUUGGGUAAUUCGCAGAACUACGUAAUGUUUAUCUGAACUGUUUUUUAUUCUAUAGAAGUUACCAUUAUGUAGUUAACUGGCAGUGUAUAUACACCUAUUAUGGUGCGAAACGUA